AUGGCCGAAGGAAUCGCCUUUGACAUCGCCGGAUGGCUCAUUUCUGAACUGAGCUCCCAUGUUAUGGAGCAACUUGGCUUGUGGUGGAAUUUCAAAGACGACCUCGACGACCUCGAAAGCACCAUCUCCGAUAUCGAAGCCGUGCUUCUCGACGCGGAAAAGCAGUCCGUGACCAGCGAACUCGUCAGAAAAUGGCUUGCAAAGCUGAAAGAUGCUAUGUACGACGUGGAAGACUUGCUGGAUGAUGUCCGUACCGAAGCCUUGCGGAAGAAUCUGAUGAGUGGGAACAAGUUCACCAAAGAGGUACGCGUUUGCUUCUCGAGAUCGAACCCGUUUACUUAUGGUCUCAAAAUGGGACGAAAAAUCAAGGCCAUCAAGGCCAGAUUUACUUCCAUUCAAAGUCAGGCCAACAUGUUGAACUUGGUUCAGCGUGACCAUCCUGUGGAAACCUCUUUCAUGGCCAAAAGGAGGCAGACGCACUCUUUUGUGUCGAAAGGUGAAAUCAUAGGGAGGGACGAUGACAAAACAGCUCUUCUAAGACUCUUGUUGGAGUUUCAAAGUGAAGAGAAUGUUUAUGUCAUUCCGAUUGUGGGGAUCGGAGGCUUAGGCAAGACUGCGUUGGCGCAGUUUGUCUAUAACGACGAAAUGGUUGAAAACCACUUCGAGUUAAGGAUGUGGGUCUGUGUUUCUGAUGUUUUUGAUGAGAAAACAAUUGUAGAAAACAUCAUUAAAUCUGUAACUCAUCAAGCACCCGAUCAAAAUCUCGAAAUGGAUCAACUGCAAAAACAACUUCGGGACAAAAUUGACGGGAAAAAAUAUUUGCUUGAUUUGGAUGACAUUUGGAAUGAGGAGAGGGAACUAUGGAUUAGCUUAAAGAAGUUACUGAUGGGUGGAGCCAAAGGAAGUAGGAUAAUCGUAACUACUCGCUCUACGAGGGUAGCUAAGGUUACUAGUAAAUGUCAGCCACAUGUUCUGAGAGGCUUGUCUGAUGAUGAUGCAUGGUUUUUGUUCAAAGAAAUAGCUUUUGAACAAAGAUGUGAAGAUUCGACAAAUUCAGGCUUUGUGGAAAUAGGAAAGCAGAUUUUGGAAAGGUGUCAUGGAGUUCCCUUGGUUAUAAGGACAAUAGCUAGUACCUUAUCUUUUAAAGAAACUGAAACUGAGUGGCUUUCUUUCAAAGAUAAUGAACUAGCUAGAAUAUCUCAAAGAGACGGUGAGAUUUUGCCUACACUUAGGUUGAGUUAUGAUCAUCUCCCAUCUCAUUUGAAGCAUUGCUUUGCUUAUUGCAGACUGUACCCAAAAGAUCAUGUAUUUGAUGUGCAAAAACUUGUUCGAUUUUGGAUUGCACAAGGGUUUGUAAAACAAUCAAAUCCGAGUGAAUCUCUUGAAGAGAUUGGGUUCGAGUAUUUUAAAUGUCUGGUUGAAAGAAGUUUCUUUCAAGAGGUAGAAGAAAAUGAACGUCGGGGUGUAACAUGUAAAAUGCAUGAUUUGAUGCAUGAUCUUGCUGAAUCGGUAGCAGGGAAGGAGAGCUGCAUUCUAGAUUCAAAUUCAAUUACAAGUGGGAUUGAUGAGAAAUGUCGUCAUGUAUCGAUUGAUUUUUCAUUGAUUCAUUUGCUCAAGGGAAAGAAAUUGCGGAGUUUGUUAAAAUUUUCAAGCAGAUAUGAAUGUAUGAAUGAUGCAAAUUGGGAUUUAAUAAUUUCAAAUUGUAGAUGCUUGCGUGUUUUAGAAUUAGAUGGAUUAGUACUUGAUACAGUUCCAGGCUCCAUUCAUAAGCUGAAACAUUUGAGGUACCUUGAUCUUUCUCGGAAUGAUCUUAAGAUCCUCCCAAAGAGUAUUUGUAAGAUGCAAAAUUUGCAAGUGCUGAAAGUUGAGUAUUGUUAUCAGCUUAAAGAAUUGCCAAAGAAGAUUGAAAAAUUGGUGAAUCUUACCCAUCUUCCGUGUGUUAGUUGUGCCUUAACUCAUAUGCCACGUGGAAUAGGGAAGCUGACUUCGCUUCAGACGUUAAGCAUGUUUGUUGUGGAUAAAGACGGUUCCCAUGGUGCUGCUGUUGCGGAUCUAAGUGAAUUGAGUCAGCUCAACAACCUGAGGGGAGAGCUAAAAAUAACAAAUUUGGGAUUCGUGAGAAAUGCAAGAGAGAAGUUUAAAGCUGCUAAUUUGAAAGGGAAGCAACAUCUACGAGAACUGGUUUUAGAAUGGAGCGGAGAUAGUGAAGAUGAAGAGAAGUCACUUGAAGACCUCCAGCCCCAUCCUAAUCUGAGGGAGCUCCAAGUGAUAGGAUGGAGGGGCGAUGCCAAGUUCCCAAGUUGGAUUUCUUUGCUCACGCAUCUGGUGGGUAUUAAAAUAUGGGGUCCCAGCAAAUUCAAACAUCUCCCUUCCUUUGCUCGAUUGCCACAUCUUCAACGGCUUAGCAUUUGUGAUCUUUCUGAGCUGGAGUACAUGGACGGCAGUGAGACCAGUGGAGGACAAGGUGAAUCAGAAUCAUUCUUCCCAUCGCUUAAGCUUCUUUACCUCCAGGAAUGCCCAAAUAUGCAGAGUUGGUGGAGGAAAAGCCCGAUCGACGAUGAUAAGGAUGGCGACAAGGAUAGAAGAGCAUCAACCAUGGCAUUUCCUUGUCUCUCCUAUUUAUGCAUUGAAAAUUGCCCUUUGAGUUCUAUGCCGUUGUAUCCAUCAGUCGAAGGUGAGCUAAUCUUGGUGAAUACCAGUUCAAGGCCAUUAAAGCAUACCAUUCAAAUGAGCGACACUACACCGUCAACCUCAUCUCUCCCUCUCUCCAAAUUGAAAUAUUUCAAAGUGGGGAAUAUUCAUGAAGAACUGGACUGCGACAUGCUGAACGAAUUCCUGCAAAAGAUGACUUCUCUCGAGUAUCUGAAGAUUAUUGAACUUCCACAGCUGGCGUCUCUUCCCCUUUGCCUUCAGCAUCUUGUUCAGUUGAAAGAACUAGAAAUCAAGAAUUGCAGUGGAUUGAGGUCACUCUUUCCUGUGUUCCAACAUCUAACUUCCCUUGAAAGUCUUUCUAUUAGUCACUGCAAGGAGCUCGAGCUAUCUGAAGAGGGCAUCCAAAUAUUCCAAGAUUAUACGAGCCUACGGUAUCUACUACUCGAAAAUAUUCCAAAAUGUCGGCAUCUUCCGGAGUGGCUUCAACAUCUUGUUCACUUGAAAUCGUUGCAUAUAGAGAAUUGCAGUGGAUUGAGGUCACUCUCUCCUGGAUUCCAACAUCUCACUUCCCUUGAAAUGCUUCGAAUAAUCGACUGCACGGAGCUUGAGCUAUCUGCAGAUGGCAUCCAAAUAUUCCAAGAUUAUACGAGCCUACGGUAUCUCCAUCUCAAAAAUAUUCCAAAGUGUCGGCACCUUCCGGAGUGGCUUCAACAUCUUGUUCAGUUGAAAAAACUAGAAAUCAAGAAUUGUAGUGGAUUGAGGUCACUAUUUCCUGGAUUCCAACAUCUCACUUCCCUUGAAAUGCUUCGAAUAUUCAACUGCACGGAGCUUGAGCUAUCUGCAGAUGACAUCCAAAUAUUCCAAGAUUAUACACGCCUAUGGUCUCUACAACUUGGAAAGAUUCCAAAGUGUCGGCACCUUCCGGAGUGGCUUCAACAUCUAACAUAUCUGAAAGUGCUUCAUCUAGUAGAUUUGCCAAAUUUAACAUUGCUUCUGGACGAGAUGCAUGGCCUAACCAGUUUGGAAUAUUUAGAUAUAAUAGAAGUGCCCCAGUUGGAGGAAAGAUGUAGGAAGGACAUUGGUGUCGAUUGGCAUAAGAUUGCUCACAUCCCACACAUUUGGGUGAAUGGACAGGCCCCGAAAGGUAAUCAUUAUCACCCAAUCAUCUACUGA